AUGGCUUCUUUUGGGUGGAGUGCGGGGGACGUCAUUGCCGUAGCGACAUUGGCGUGGAAACUGUACAAGGCUUGCGAAAGUGCUGGGGAUGAAUACAAGUCGCUCUCUACAGAAGUCCGCACACUACAAUCAUUACUACAAGAUGUUGGAAAUGAGUUGAAUGAGCCAACAUCGGCCAUACACAAGGCCGGCAAAUCCAAGAGACAACAACUCACCAAUUUAAUUGAGGAUUGCAACACCGAUCUAGGUGACCUGGAGCGAUACCUGCUACAAUACAGGUCGCUCCACUCAGCAAAGCCGCGCUUCAGAGAUCGGCUCAGGUUUGGCAUCAAACCAAUUUCACAAAUCCGCCUCAAGCUGUCGCAACACACCGACGGCUUGAACUUAUUUCUUACUCAUAUCAACACCUCGUCGCUUGGGAGACUGGAGCAGGCUUCAGAGACCAGCGCCGUCGUCCUUAAUGAUAUCCGCGCGAGGCUAGACGACUUGCAUCGUCAGGUCGAGUUGGGCCAGAAAGAUGUUGCCGUCUUGGAUGUCCAAAAGGGCUGGGAAGAACUCGAAAAGGAGCUGGUCGGAGAUCGUGUGACUGAAGAUGAUGUGGCUUCCAAUCGUGACUCCAUCCAAGAGUACAUCACCUCAUGGCUCGGGACAUCCGAUCAGGAGUUCCAGGCAUCUGCCUCCAAGAAUAAGAGAACCAGCUCCAUGACUCCCUGGUCUCCCACAGCAGCCUUUACCAGGACAGCAAGCUCCUCAUCGUCGCCGCAAUACUUGGCAGCCUCUCCGUUGAUAAGUAGCGCUCGAGAUGCCUCGUGGUCAAAUCCUUACCCAGACAUGUGGAGCUUUGGCGGCAUGCGCGGUCCUCCUUCAAGUGUUUCUGAAGUUCCCCCAUCCGAGAUCGUAAGCUCUGUUGCGGAAAGCGUCUUUGACGAGUUUUCGAGCCCAAGUUCUCGGAUGACCACGCCCGAUAUUCCAGAAACCCCAUCUUGGCUCCCACACGGCAGUGACGCAUGUCUAGGCGUCACCAGCCCGGCAGUCCGCUCAAACAGUGAUGCCGGUAUCGAGAGCUUGAUGGAUGAGCUUGAUGCUUUCGUGCUAGACUUUAGUCGUUCUUCUACUCCGACGGGUGAUUUUCCUCAAACGCCCGAAAAUGAGAUGCCACCGCCAGACCUCCCAGUCCCUGACGAGACACCAAAGGCAGUGCGUCCGCUUCCGUCCCCAUCUCCCAAGAGACGCAUCAUCUCGCGGACUCUGUCCCUCACACUAGAGGAGGCAUUCAAGGGCGGGUUCAAAACCAAAAGGAUUCGGGGACGACUCCAAGCUCAAAGAAAUGACCGCAACGAGUUGGAGCUGUGCGAGUCGACGAUUGAAGUUCACUACCCAGCUGGUGCACAGUCAGGACACCUAAUCAAGGUCCCCGACGUGGGUGUUGACAUGAAAGGUCUUCCCCAAGAUAUCCACUUUACAGUGGAAUUGAAAUCACACAAACGUUUCGAGUGGGAAGGUCAGGACCUUGUCGCCACCGUCAAGAUUUCAUUGCUGGAAUCCUUGUGCGGCUGGAACAAGGUCAUUCGCACGAUUGAUGGCAAGGUCAUUCAGGUUCAGAGGACAGAAGUGACGCCGCCGUCGUGGUCACAAUGCUACCCCGGACUAGGUAUGCCUCUCGAAGGCAUGGGGGGACAACGGUCCGACUUUGUGAUCAAGGUGGAUGUCGAGUACCCAGAAUCGAUAUCACCAUACCAGGACAAGAUUUUCAAGCAGAUUCUCUCCCCGAAACGGAACCUGUCCCCGCGCAUGGAAAUGAUGCUCGCGGACGGGCAUAAUUGA